AUGCAAACCUUUGAUUUUGCCAUAGUGUUGGCUAUGUUGCUACUGUGGGGGCCACUGUGGUCCAAUGGGCAGAAUGACACAGAACCCAUAAUUCUCGAGGGAAAAUGUUUGGUGGUUUGUGACUCCACACCAUCAUCUGAACCUGCGGGGAACGCCUUGGGCAUGUCUGUCCGCUCGGGCAGUGGCCGAGUUGCUUUUUCCGCCAGCCGCCAGACCAACCAUGAACCUACAGACAUGAGCAAUCGCACAAUGAUCAUCUACUUUGAUAAUAUCUUGGUGAAUGUGGGCAGUCAUUUUGAUCAGGAGAGCAGCAUCUUCCUAGCACCAAGAAGAGGCGUUUACAGUUUCAACUUUCAUGUGGUUAAAGCCUACAACAGACAAACAAUUCAAGUCAGCUUGAUGGUGAACGGUUGGCCGAUGAUUUCCGCUUUUGCCGGGGACCAGGACGUAACCAGAGAAGCGGCCACAAAUGCUGGUUUGGUCAUCAUGGAGAAAGGUGACAAGGCCUACCUCCGACUAGAGAGGGGUAACCUAAUGGGAGGCUGGAAAUACUCCACCUUCUCAGGGUUCCUGGUCUUCCCCUUGUGA